CUACAGUACCUGCACCACCACCACCUAUCUAGGUGUUACACCAUACUCCUACUCAAUCCAAACCCCUGCGCCGCACCAACGCUGCCGUGAUAUCAACCGACCGUGAGAAAUGAGUGUCGUUCCAUUACUCGGAUGUUGACUUGCAUCUUCAAAAGGCAAUAAGCCCCGCUCCCGGCCGUCUCUCGCUGCUUGUAACACACUGGCAGAAGAUGUCAGUGUCAAUAUCGUCUGAUCCAUGACCUCGACAGCCUCUUCUCCCCCGAGCGCAGGCCUCAAGCGAGCGUAUCAGGCCGACGAGCCCUCCCUGGCGCUUACCAAGUCACCUCCGCAUAGUUCGGUGUCGGCAACUUCUGCCUUCAGAAACGUCUCUGCAUGCAAUCGCUGUCGCGUCCGCAAGAAUCGCUGCGACCAGCGCCUGCCCGCCUGUAGCACCUGCGAGAAAGCCCACGUUCGCUGUGUAGGCUACGACCCCAUCACAAAACGGGAGAUUCCUCGAAGCUAUGUCUACUACCUCGAGACGCGCCUGGCGUACUUCGAGCAACUGCUUAAGGCCAAUGGCGUAUCGUUCAACGCUGGAGAGGUCUAUGGGGCGGAGUCCAAAGAGCUCGGAGAUGUCGGUCAGUCGCCUGCCAGCACAAAGGCAUCAUGGCUAGGGCCACAGUCCCCUUCCAAAGACUCGCCGCAGGCAGUCAAACAAGAAGAAUGGGACAAGAAGCAAGAUGAUGCUGAAAAUCUGAACAAGUUGGUGUCGAAUAUUGGAAUGGUGUCAGUUCAGGGCGCAUCCGAUGCACGAUACUUGGGCUCGACGUCCGGUAUAUCAUUUGCCAGGGUGGUGCUGGCCGCUGUCAAGAGUUCAGUAUCAAGCAACAAUUCGGAAAGAACUGGGACACGACCUAGUCGUCCAGUGCCGAACAAUGUCGCCACGUCUGGAGGUAGCUCCAUGAGAGACUCUUACUUUGGCCUUCAAACGAAUCCCACCAUUAAAGAGGCCCCUUUCCCUGAUAGAGAACUAGGAGCCAAGCUUGUCAACCUCUACUUCGAGCACGCAAAUCCUCAGAUCCCUAUACUGCACCGAGGCGAGUUCAUGGACCUGUUUGACCGCACGUACUCCACCGACCCGUCAAGACGAACCAGCCGCGAACUCUAUCUACUCAACAUCGUCUUCGCCAUUGGCGCCGGCAUCAUUUGGGGUUCGUCUGACCAGCAACCGAAUUCACACCAAGGAGACUAUAUGUCGAAAAGACCGAGGUUGAGCAGUCAGCAAGCUCAGCCAGAAGAAUACCAUGCUUCAGCCAUAGUCAACCUCGGAAGCUUUUUGAGUGGCAGCUCGUCUGUAGACUCAGCCGAACGCUCGAAUGGCGACUUGGAAGAACUUCAGGCCGUCUUACUACUUUGUGGAUUUGCCCUCCUGAGACCAGUCGCCCCGGGUCUGUGGUAUAUCGUGGGCGUGGCGAUGAGGUUGGCGGUCGAUCUAGGCCUGCACUACGAGGAUGGCUCUGCUCUCGAUGAAGGCGCCGAAGGGCAAAGUGCCAUGGGCAAUGGAUUCAAUACCAUUGACUCCAGACCCAGCAGACAGAUAGAUGCUAAACAAAAGGGGCGGCGGGAGUGGAUUCGUGAUUUACGCCGACGCCUGUGGUGGUGCACCUACACAUUUGACCGUCUAGUUAGUGUAUGUGUGGGCCGGCCGGUUGGCAUCACCGAUCAAGUCGUCACCACCGAAUUUCCUUCAUUGCUGGACGACAAGUAUAUAACGCCAAAUGGGUUCACAUACCCAAGGAUGCCGAAUGAGCCCACCUACAAGCGAGUGGCUCAUCACUAUCUACGCCUCCGGCUAUUACAGUCGGAGAUCCUUCAGGUUCUACAAUAUCAGCAGGCACAACAAGCGCGCCGCAAUGGCAGUAACCGACAAAACCAAUUCAUGCACACCAAACUCCCUUCGCCCUUUAUGAAUAGAUUCGACUCGUUCCGAUCAUGGAGACGCGACAUCGACCAACGCUUGUACGAGUGGAAAGAGUCUGCUCCCGAAAUGUCUGACACUGGUGUCGGCUUCUCGGUUCAGUUUUUAGAGCUGAACUACUGGCAAGCAGUGAUCAUGUUAUAUCGGCAAAGCCUUAGUGUCCCGGCACCGUUGGCGAACGAGCUGAGCCCAACAGAGGACGUUUCCAGCCCAUCAAGUGUUAGGAUUGAAGAAAAGGAAGACGAGGACCUCGUGUUUCUGAAAUGUGCCGAGGCGGGACAGAAGACGCUGAAGCUUUAUCGACAGCUUCAUCGCCUGCGCCUCGUCAACUACACCUAUCUCGCAACUCACCACCUCUUCAUGGCUGGCAUUUCAUUCUUGUACGCCGUCUGGCAUUCGCCGGCCGUGAGAGCCCGACUGACUCUUGAUGAUUUCGACUUUACAGUCCUCGCAGCUACUUCGGUCCUUGGGGAUCUUAUGGAAAAAUGUCCACCGGCAGAAGCAUGCCGCGAUGCAUUCGAGCGCAUGAGCAAAGCCACUGUACAAAUGUGUAUGUCCACGCCAGGCUUUGGAUUCUCGACAGAGCGUGAAGAUUCUCAACCAUCGCUCUCGCGACAAUCGAGCAUGCAAACCACGACUGCUACGGUCCCCAUGCAGAUUGAUUCGUACACUCUCCCGCCCAUUGCACCAAAGCCCUCUGCAAAGCGGCCACCGCCCAAAUUCGAUAUGGACCUCCGAGAACUCUUCCCGGAAGACCUCGAACCCAGCAUCCGCCCAUCUCAAUCCUUCCCUCAACCACUACAGGGCCUCCAAAGGCAAACAGCAUUCCAGCAGUCAAUGCAACCACCGGCUCAACCACAGUCACCUCGGCAACCACAAAUGUCCCCCGCGUCGAGCGUCAGCUCCCACGUUAACAGCAUCGUAGGUGCGCAGAGCAAUGCGGGCAGCAGCACGUUUUUCAACCAGAGCCGACCUCCAAAUCCUCAACAGCCAUAUUAUAUGCAGAACACUUACAACCCGGACUUUAUGUCGUCCUUACCCGGGAUGGACUUUUUGAACAAUGCUACAGGCCCGAGUGCCGAUGACUUUGACUUUGACGCAAAUGGGUUGGAUCUCGGAUUCGGCAUGGGCCUCGAUUUUCAGCAUGAUUGGAGUGAUGGGCAGCAAUAUGAUUUGUUUGACGGUUUCUUCUUUGGCAACGGCCUAGGUGGAGGUGGGGGCAGCGGUAGUGGGCCCAGUGGGAAUGGGAACGGGAAUGGAAACGGGAACGGCAAUGGCAAUGGGCAUAUGAAUGGUUGAUGGAGACGAGUCACUCAGUAUUCGAUGAGAUGGGAAAGUAAGGUAGUUGUGGCUAGUAUGUAGUGGCACCAGUAUACCCACAGGAGCUUGGAAGAGGAAAUGAAUUCAUGGUGUAUGGAGUAUGAGUACGGAGUAUGUACAUGUGGUCUAAAGUCUAGUCCAAGGACCUGUUGAAUUAUG